UCGUGUUUCAGUUACCUUAUAGAGAGCGAGAGCGAGAGCGAGAGUGAGAGUGAGAUCGAGAUCGAGAGGCACCGCCGCUAACUCUGUUGUUCUUGUUCUUCCAGAGAUGGCAAAUUUUAUUGCCCGGACGUUGGUGAGGAGAGUGUUUUCACUAGCCGGACAAGAAUUCAGUUUGCAAUGGGGAUUCGGUCGAGAAUUAACAAAGCUGCGUGAAACACUAGGGAUAGUUGAAGCUUUGCUACGUGAUGCCGACCAUCCGCGACACAAUCAGCAGCAGGGUGAGGCGGUGCAGCUGUGGGUGGCGAAGCUUGAAGAAAUAGCUGAUGAUGCUGAUAAUCUGUUGGAUGAGUGCAGCUAUGAAGAGCUCCGGGUUCAAGUGGAGUUGCCGACCCGAAUCGGCAGAACUUUGAAUUCCGUUUCACUCUCUAAGGCCAGAUAUCGUCGGAAAAAAGCACGAAAGAUUCAGAAAAUCAAUAAAUCUUUGAAGAAUCUGUGUAAAUUGGCUUCUGGUAUUGGGCUAGUGUCUACGCCAUUGCCAUCUGCGGCCCCUCGUAACCGGGAAACGUACUCCUUCUUUGAUAAAGAUGAAGAGAUUAUCGUUGGCAGGGAGGAGGUCGUGUCCCAUAUAGUAACAAACUCGACCAGUAGUCAAGCAAAUCACCUCUCCGUUUUGGCUAUUGUGGGUAUGGGAGGCCUCGGUAAGACAACCGUGGCGAAACUAGUAUGCCAUGAUCCUACGAUAGAAGGGCACUUCCAUGAAAAAAUAUGGAUAUGUGUGUCUACUGAGUUCCAAGUCGUGAUGAUAUUGAGGAGGAUCUUGCAAUCAUUUCGACCCGGAGCUGGAGCUGCAGUAGAGGGCAAGGAUGAGCUUUGUAAAACCCUCAAACAAGAGCUGAAAGGGAAAAGAUAUCUUCUCAUACUGGAUGAUGUUUGGUGCCAGGAAUCUGAAAAAUGGGAAGAGUUGAUCAGUUGCUUGUCGAAUGUUAAUGAUAGGCUGGGGUCCAACAUCAUUGUCACUACCCGCAACGUGGGGGUUGCAUCAACCAUUGCAUCAAUCCUGCAAACAUUUACAAUUCUUGAGAUGGAUAAGCUAUCAGACAACCAGUGUUGGCAGAUAUUGAAGAACAGAGCAUUUCCAGAUGGAACUGCUCAUCUAAAUGAAGAUCAAGAAAUCCUUGGAAAGGAGAUUGCUAGACGGUGUGCAGGCUUACCACUAGUCGCAAAGGUUUUGGGAUACACGAUGCGCUCCAAAACAAGUGAUGGGUGGAGGUCAAUAGUAGAAAGUAGCAUAUGGAACUUGCCUGGAGGAGAUACAAAAAUCUUGUCAAUUUUAAAGUUGAGUUUUAAUGAUCUGAAAUCACCAGCUCUAAAACAGUGUUUUGCAUUCUGCUCUAACUUUGUCAAAGAUUUUGAAUUCAAGAGGGAGGACUUAAUUCGACUUUGGAUGGCUCAAGGAUGGCUACAUCAUUUUUCUACUGAGGAAAGUAAUCUAGAUAUGGAAGAUAUAGGUGCUGAAUAUUUUGGUAUUCUUUUGGAGAACUCUUUUUUCCAAGAUGUUAGAAGAGAUCCCUAUGGAAAUAUCACCUCUUGCAAGAUGCAUGAUCUUGUGCAUGAUCUUGCACAACAUGUAUCCAAAUCUAGGUGGGACUCCAAGGAGACUGAAACAAAAAGAGGUUUGCGCUCAUUUUUUGUUGAGAGGGAUCAAGUCCUUUUUAACACCUUACCAAGCUUUGAAGCUUUGCGAGUUGUAAAAUUAUGCGGUGCAGAUAUUAAGGUGUUGCCUGAUUCAGUUGGAAAAAUGAAACACCUGAGGUAUUUGGAUAUUUCCAACACAAAAAUUAGAACACUCCCCAAGUCUGUUGGCAAGCUUUAUAACCUACAGACUUUGAGAAUGAACUAUCUUGAGUUGAGAGCGUGUCCAAAGGAACUGACCAAUUUGAUCAACUUGAGACAUAUUUCUUAUGAUCGCGUAUUCAGUGGAUGGUCUCCAUGGCCAUCUGGGAUGGGGCGAUUGACGAACCUUCAAUCAUUACCUGAGUUCCAGGUGCUUAAGAAGAUAGGUUGCGGAAUUGAGGAACUGGGCAGCUUGAAACAAUUGAAAGGUAAAUUGUCUAUUUAUUGUCUGGAAUGUGUGACAGAUAUAGAAAAAGCUAAGAAAGCAAAUCUAGUGGAGAAGUGUAUACGUGAUUUAAGCUUGAGUUGGUCUUGGUCGAGUACAUCCAGGCCGAACUGCAAUGAUGAGGAUGUACUGGAAGCACUUCAACCACACCCUAAUUUGGAAGUCUUAAAGAUUGAAAACUUCUUGGGUGAUAAGUUUCCUUCAUGGAUCAUGAGUAAGUUGUCUCUACCCUCAAAUUUGAAAGAGAUUAAAUUUCGGGGUUGCAAAGAAUGCAAAGAAGUCCCAAAGCUUGGCCAUCUGCCGAAUCUUAGAUCUCUUUACAUUGAAAUGCCAAACCUGGAACGUCUAGGAUCUGACUUUUACGGUUAUGAUCCCCAUGAGGCUACGACAGGUUGUCAGACGAAGGCUUUGUUUCCUGCAUUGAAAAGUUUGACUAUUCAAUACGCCGGGAAGCUAAUUGAAUGGAGUGAACCACAAGUAUUGUUGCCAACAGUGGUGUUUCAAUCUCUUGAGAAGCUUAAUCUGCAGGGUUCUCCCCAAUUAAGAAGUGCUCCCAGUUAUUUUCCAUCUCUUCAGUCGCUGAGUCUGGUGAAAAUAGAUAGCGGUGUGCCAGUGACAAGUGUUCUAAGCAAACUGACAACUCUCACUUAUCUCCAUAUAUCAGGUGUGAAGGGACUUGACUGCCUGCCUGAAGGGAUGUUAAGGAACAACAAGAAUCUUGCACGUUUAAAGAUAGAUCGUUGUGAGGAGUUAACUUGUAUUGCUCCCCAUGGAUUUGGUUGUUGUGCUUCUCUUCAGUCACUGGUGAUUGUUGGGUGUAAUAAACUGAGGUAUUUAUCUGAGGGGCUACUUGCACCCUCAUUAGAGGAGUUGCUUAUAUCCGACUGCCCCAGUCUGGAGUCCAUCCCAUUUACAGAGGGGAUUGAAUACGGCAGUCUUCAUACCUUGCGAAUAAAGAAAUACUCUACCCUAACAUCCAUCCCAAGUUUACAGGGCUUCUCAUCCGUUCGUGCAAUAAAGAUUUCGGAAUGUUCUGAACUAUUGAGCCUCCCGAGUGGUCUAAACUGCUGUACCUCUCUUGGAAAAAUAAAAAUACGUAGCUGCAGUAAGCUAAAGUUCAUUUCAAUUGACAGUCUCCCAUCCCUCGUCCGGUUGGACAUAAGGACAUGUAGUAGUCUAGAGUCUAUUGAUGCUUUACAUGGCUUCAGAUGUCUGUAUGAAUUCACAAUCCGAGAUUGUGAUAAAUUGACAAGUCUGCUUGGAUCUUUUCCCAUUCUUCAGGGCCUGGAGAUAAGAAACUGCCCCAGUCUGGAGACAAUUCCAUGUUCAGACAACCUCACAACCCUCAGCAGCUUGAAAAUUUAUAGUUGUGAUGGAUUCAUAAGCAAACUUAGCGAGUUAGCAUCCCUCACCAGCUUGAGAAGAUUGGAAGUUGGUGAUUUUUGCAAGGAGCUCGAUUCAUUCCCUGUCAUACCACAACUUCAGACACUAAUGCUAUCUGGGUGGCCUAAGCUCAAGUCUCUGCAUGAACAGAUUCAACACUUCACUUCUCUGACAUCUUUGAAUAUAAACUCCUUCGACGAAGUGGAGUCUCUUCCAGAAUGGUUGGGAAGCGUCUCUUCUCUUACGGUCCUCAUUAUAGAGCUUUGCCAUAAUCUAAAGUAUCUUCCUUCACGCCAAGCUAUGCAACGCCUCACAAAGUUAAGAUCCCUCUACAUCUGUUGUGACUGCCCUUUAAUUAAAAGAUGCAGGAAGGGCGGUCCAGAGUGGCCCAAGAUUUCUCAUAUUCCAGAUCUCUCCCUUGGGAAAUAUAAAGAAUUGACUGUUUGAAGUUCUGCAUUGAGGCAAGCAAGCUUUU